AUUCAAUGAACUGCAGCCUCUUAGUGCCAUUGAGAAUACACUGAGCGCAUCCGUUACUGCCAUGCUUGCACCAUUACUACAGAGAAAACGGAUUGAUUCUAGCCCAAACCCUUCCAAAUCUAUGACGCAUAUUACCGGCGCAAAGUUUUUGUUCUUCUCAUCUCACAUAGGCAGGACUGCAUUUUACAUUCACGAACCAUGUCACAGGCCGUUCUAAAACCACUCGCAAGCAGCUAACCUUAAAUAACCUAGUUCAGUCGUGUUACAGCAUUAGCUAGCUAACAACCUGAAAGUUAUCAUAUUUGUGGGAACUUUACCAGUAGUAGGCCAACAUUUGGUGUCACCGAAAGAAAUGAAAAGGGAGAGCUUAUUCAGACCAUUCGUGGACUAUCAGCGGAACAUUGUGUGAGCUCCAGAAACCGAACAUGACUGAAAAUGGACUUGGGCACUGGGAGAGGGUGCUUAACGUGGACACCAUGAACCCGAAUGUAAAGCGGGUUGAGUAUGCUGUCCGUGGUCCAGUUGUGCAACGUGCAGUGCAGAUUGAAAAAGAGCUCAAAGAGGGAGUUAAGAAGCCCUUCACUGAGGUCAUUAAAGCCAACAUCGGUGAUGCACAUGCCAUGGGCCAGAAACCAAUCACAUUUUUCAGACAGGUUAUAGCGCUGUGCGUGUACCCGGAUCUCCUAGAAGACAAGUUUCCAGAGGACGCUAAAAACCGAGCACGGCGCAUCCUUCAGGCCUGUGGAGGGGGUAGUUUAGGUGCAUACAGUGCUAGUUCAGGCAUUGAGGUCAUACGACAAGAUGUUGCUAAAUACAUUGAGAGGCGGGACGGUGGAAUUCCCAGUAACCCUGACAACAUCUACCUCUCUUCUGGGGCCAGUGAUGCCAUAGUGACCAUGCUGAAGUUGUUGACGUCAGGCGAGGGGAAGACCCGUACAGGGGUGAUGAUCUCCAUCCCUCAGUACCCCCUCUACUCUGCUGCUCUGGCUGAGCUGGCGGCUGUCCAGAUCAGCUACUGCCUGGACGAGGACAAGUGCUGGAGCCUGGACGUUAAUGAGCUGAGGAGGGCUGUGAAGGCAGGGAGGGAGCACUGUAACCCCCGCGCCAUCUGCAUUAUCAACCCUGGCAACCCCACAGGUCAAGUCCAGAGCAGGCAGUGCAUUGAAGAUGUGAUCCGAUUCGCUGCUGAGGAGCACCUUUUCCUGAUGGCUGAUGAGGUGUACCAGGAUAAUGUGUACGCGGAGGGUUGCCAGUUCCACUCCUUUAAGAAGGUUCUGUUUGAGAUGGGACCAGAGUACUCCAGUGUUGUGGAGCUAGCCUCCUUCCAUUCCACCUCCAAAUGCUACAUGGGAGAGUGUGGUUUCAGGGGAGGGUACAUGGAGGUGAUUAACAUGGACCCUGAGGUGAAGUUGCAGCUGACUAAGCUGGUGUCUGUGCAGCUGUGCCCCUCCGUCCCUGGGCAGGCCCUGCUGGACCUGGUAGUCAACCCCCCCCAGCCUGACGAACCUUCCUACGACACCUUCAUCAAGGAGCGUACUGCCAAUCUGCAUAUCCUGUCUGAGAAGGCCAAGAUGACAGCACAGGUCCUCAACACGGUCCCAGGGAUCCACUGUAACCCUGUCCAGGGAGCCAUGUACACCUUCCCCCGCCUCACACUGCCAGAAAAAGCCAUCAACGCGGCCAAGGAAAAGGAACAGGCUCCAGACAUGUUCUACUGUAUGAAACUGCUGGAGGAGACGGGCAUCUGUCUGGUCCCAGGGAGUGGCUUCGGCCAGAGGGAUGGAACCUACCAUUUCAGGAUGACCAUCUUGCCUGCAACUGAAAAGCUGAAGAUCGUUUUAGAAAAGAUCAGGGAGUUUCAUAAGCGGUUCACAGAGGAGUUCUCAUAACCCCAAACUCCUCCCCCACCUAGACCAGUCUGUCACAGAAACCCACCUAUCCUCCUCAGAAAAUGGAUUGAAUAGCCAACAAGGGGUGCCAGUGAGUUACCAAGUGCCGUUGUGUGGCUGGAACAGUCACCACAACACACCUCGUGUUGGAAUAUCUCCCCUCUAAUGCUCAAGAGUUGACAUUGCAAGGGAAGCACUGUUAAAAAACGGAACUAUUUAACAUGGUGCCUGCUAUUCUGUUUUAGCUAAUUGUUUUUAAUUGUGUCAGACAGCAUCUGCACAGCGGCUGGUGGCAACUUAAUUGGAGAGAACAGGCUCAUAGUAAUGGCUGGAACAGAAUGUAUGGAAUGGUAUCAAACACAUGGUUUCCAUUAUUAUGAGCUGUUCUCCCCUAACCAGCCUCCUUUGCAAUGUGUGUGUGUUUAUGUGAUAUCUGUUUUCAGUCAUCAGCUCAUGACUUAACUUUUUUUUUUCAGUUAAGAAUUUACUUGUCCUGCCACGUAUUUUACAGGUCAUACAGCAACACUGGUCCAAACUAGUCCGAAUAUCAGUAAAUGGUUGGUAGAGGUGUGCUUCUAUUGCACGACAGGAGUGCAAUGGAUAUUGUGUUGAAAAGGGUGCUGGGUUGAAAAGAAUACUGUGUCCAAUGAACAGUCUGACUGUAGCUACAGUAUUUUUUUGGUGACUAAUGUUUAUUGUAUAAAUAAUAAAAUGUAUUUGUGUACUCCAUUA